GCACCUGCGCUAGUUUGCAGCAGCAGCUCUGCGCAGCAACAAGAGGUCACUACUCUCCUCAAAGCAGACCACUUUGUUCGUGUGGGAGUCCAGAGCAGCGGCGUCUCCCUCCCACAUCCUCACCGAGCUUCCACGCACAUUCUCCGGGCACCACUGGACUCGACAUGCCGCUGAAAAAGACCGUGGCCAUGGAGAGGAGGAUAGAUUUGGCGUCGUUGUUUUGCAUGAUUGCGCGCCAUGGACCCGCGGUGCUGCUGACGCUGGUGGGGAUUGGAUGCGUGGUGGCUGGUUUCGUAAUCUUCAAGAACAUGAGAGAGAAGCGGCGGAGGAGGAGAGCAAGCGAGGCCGACCGUCGUGACACCAACGCGGGGUAUGGAGACGCAGCGGUGGGCCUGGGGGAGAAGGAAGAGCCGCGCGUGGAGGGAAUACGGAGGGGGUCAACAGAUGCUAGUGAUGAGAGCUCCCCGGAUGAUGUCAAGGAGCAUGGUUAUUUGUCACAAGUGAGACAGCGCAGGACUGCCUCAGAGCGAAAAUCUUACAAACACAAGGAACCAGGCAGAGACACUGCAAUCGAGAAAGCACAACACACAUUCUUCUGGGAGUGGAAUUCUCACAGAACGCAAAGCUAUGCUGAAGAGGCUGUGCAGAAAUUGGAGAAAGGCAACACGCAUAAGUCAGCAGAGGAUGCGACACAGGAGGUCCAUGGAACGAGGGAAACGCAGCUGAAUGAUCUUGGCUGUGAGGAAGAGAAGAUGCCUGAAGCCGACUCCAGCGAAGACAUCACCACGACUAACGAAGACGUGUCUGAGGAGGAAUUCAGACAAGAGGAGACUGUUCUGUUCACUUUUAACAGCCAAACGUGUUCCUACCCAACCCCCAAUUUGAGUGUUAAUGACAGCAAAGAAAACACAAAGGAAACCAACUCUAAGCAUCUGGAAUCUGCGCUUGAGAAUGCUCCUGUUUUGAUGACGGAACAAAUUUCUUCAGCUCUUUACAAAGAAGAUAAAGAUAACAUUGUUGACCAGGCAAAUGGUACAAACGAUCAAUCCAGAGGUAUGAAUAAUGAGAGACAAGCAGACAAAUGUUGUGAUGAUGAAGGUAUUUCUACACCUUCACCAGUUGAGGUAAAGGAGGGACUGUUACUUGCUCCUAGCCAAAAGGGUGAACCGUCUAAGUUUGAUCAGACUCGAGAUGAUGUCAUUGUAAAACCUUCAAAUAGCACAAAUUUCGCUCUAAACGGUCAACAGAGUGAUACAUCAUUGUCUCCAAUAUCAAAUGCACAAAUUGAUCAGAUGAUUGCUCUUGAAGGCAACAGCCACUCUGAAGUCCAAAUUGAUAAGGAUUUUAGCACCAGCCAAAAAGACAACAAGAAAGAGUUUCCAGAUACAGUUCCAAGUGAAAGAAUAGAUGCGUCAUUAGUUGACACCAUUCCCCAGUCCCUUGAUGUCAGCGUAAAAGAAGAUUCAAGUUUAGUCAAUCAGGAAACGUCUAAAAUGGUUGAAACUGAAACUGUGAUUUUGUCAGAAAAUAAAAGUUUGCAAGAUCAGCAGCAUCGAGAAAUUGCGCCCCGAGUUCUGGAUGGAAAUCAACCUUACACUGACAUUUUAAGUGACCAAAAAGAUACGACCGGAGAGCAGCAGAUUCAACCCAUUUGCAAAGAAACCGAUGUUGAUCAAAGAGAAGUUCAAAGUUCAAGUGUUAAUUCCAACGAGGUAGAAUGUUUAGUACAGUCUCAACCUUCUCCAAAUCAGUUAACGGAGGUAUUCGAUAAAGAAACGAGUUUGUCCGGUCUCCCUGCUGAUGUCAAAACAGAAAUCCAAAGUGUAACGGACACAACUGAACCAUCUAUUGAUCUGAAAGGGCAUGGGUUGACUGAAAUUUUGGAUACUGAAACUACAAUUAUGGAUUCUGGAUUGAACAAUGAAAGUAAACCAGCUGGCCAGAGUGCAAGUACUGAUACAAAUGAAAUAUCAACUGCAAUGAUUAGCAAUAAGGUUGAAUGCAUUGUGGAGCAAAUAGUGGCUGAUGCCAUUAAGGAAGUCAGGCAGACGUCUUUAGAACAUAGACCUGCACAAUUGGAAGAAAAAUCACUGGAACAACCUUCUCAAGUUCAAAAGGCUCAACACAGUGUUAGUAUUAAUAAUGAAAACGUGGCCAGUAAUGCACCUGAGAAAGAUUCAUAUAAAGUGUUCAAGGAAGAAAGUAAAGAAGUUGUGUUCUGUUCAAAUAUGGCUGCUCAAAUAACAGAAGAAGUGGUGAACACAGUAUGUAGCUUAGAGUUGAGCAAAAAAGAUAUUGUAACUAGCAACGCUUCUGACAGUUUUUCACAAAUAUAUCAUGAUAAUAACGAUAUGCCAACAGUUAAGACAGCGCUCCAAGAGAUUAGACACGUUGAAGAAGAAAGAGUAGACCAGCAAACUCUUGAAAGUGUAGAAAAUGAAGUCUCAAAACCUCUUGGAGAAACAAAUGUGAUCCAACAAGCUGUCAUAGAAGUUAAUUCUGUUAAAAUAGAAGAGAAUGUAUCUUUAGAACAAUUAGGUGUGCAACCACUGCCAGACAAUAAAAUUAUUGAUCGUGACAAUUUAGCCAAAGAGCCAAAGGCAAAAGCUGUUGAACGAGAUAAUAAUGGAGAGGUUGAUUGUUCCAACAUGGCAACUCAAAUGCAAGUGGAAAAAGUAAAUACAGUUGCUUCUGUAGAAGUAAACGAUCUUACAAAUGUGGAAGGUGAGGUUCUGACAGAGAUCAAAAUGGAAACUGUUGAAAACUUAGAAAAAAUUCAGCAGAAGGUUCCAAAAAUGGUCGCAGACAUCAACAGUGAACUAUCCAAGAGUGUUUGUGAGGUUGAAAACGUAUUGCCAGCAAAGGAGGAAAAUCAGCCAGGGAUUACACCAGUUAUUGAAAAGGAAAUCUUAGUACAUAGUGACCAGAAAGAUUUGAGAAUUCCUACAGACCCUAAUAAUCAGGUUUCGAAUUUGACUGAAAAGAAUGGCUGUAAAGUGGUUAUAAUAUGCAGGACUUUGGAGGGCAGCACUUCAGCUGUUGAAAUGUCCGAUGAUGAGGACGUUGAUAGCGAAACCUCUCAUAUCAGGUCAAAAUCUACAGAAUUUUCUACAUGUCAAGAUCACUUGGAAGACAAAAUGACUCCGGCUAAUGAAGAAGCUACUGUUGGCAUAGUGGCUAAUGCGCUAAUCGAAGAAACAACCAGUCAAGAUGCUAGCAAGAACUCUGAUUUGACUGCUGCCCUAGAUUUUUCUCAAGCCAGUGCUAUUAAGCCAACAGAGCAAAUCAAGCUGAAAGAUGAUGCCGUGUCAUCGCCUAGUUUGGAAAGUGGGAUAUCUAGCAUGGCAGUUAGCCCUGAGAUGGAAGAGGGUAGCAAAGAAAUUGGUCAAAUUGUUGAAUUUGAACCCAUGCUGUCAUCCCAAGGUACAACUUGCACUGUGUUUCAUGCUGAAGAAAAGGUUUCACAUAAUCUUUUUACAAGUGAUGGAGUCGCCACGGUUACCAAGGAAGAUGUGGCUACCAUGGUAAUUGGAGAUCUAACCUCAAGUCCUAUCCUGCUGUCUGAACCUGAAGAUAUAAGUAAUGAAUCGUUAGUGAUCAAUGAGGAUUCGUUUGGAAGUGAAAUUGAAGAUAGUUAUCAGAAAGAGAUGGAAGCGAUCAUGAUGCAAGUUGUGAAGAGUUUUAGUGAUGACAUGACAAAAGAAGUUGCUAAAAACGUGGAGGUGAAGAAAGAACAAGCAUGUGCUGCCAGCAAGGAAGAAGGAGAGAAACUCGACUCAGAAAAAACGGAAAUCAGUAUUAUGGAAGCUACUAUGGAUCAUAAUGAAUGGAUUAUUGAUGGUAGCUAUCAAGUGCUUCCAUGGAUGAAUCUGACUAGUUCUAGAGACGCAAGCUCUUCCAAGGAGGGAGUGGAAUUGGUUGAAAGCAAAUCAUCAGCUCAAACAUCAACUACAGAGGAUGGGGCAGAAAAUGCCAAAAAGGUUUUAGCGGUCCAACCCAUGCCACAGAAUGUCAAUGUCACCUUCCGUGUGCACUACCUUCCUCUAUCACCCUAUCAGACAGUGGCAGUGACUGGAGACCAGCAAGAACUAGGGGCUUGGAAGAGCGUGGUCCCCCUAGAGAAAACUAAGGAUGGAUACUGGAGCUGCGUGGUUGGCCUACCUGCAGAGAGCCAUGUGGAGUGGAAGUUCGUAGUGUUGGAUAAAGGAGAGGUUUGCCGCUGGGAGGAAUGCGGUAAUCGACUGCUCUACACAGGCUACGGAGAUGACCUGCUGGUGCACAAGUGGUGGGGGUUCCUGUAGGACAAAUUCACUUCAAGGCGUCUCUUUUGUCUUGCAUGAUUCUAAUAUAACAUUCAGUGUGUAUAUCUAACAGAAGGCUGUUAAUAGGUCAUUUUGCACAAGUGUAAUAUGUCAUGUAUAAAUAUGGAUUAGUGACCUGUUAAGCUUUCUCCUGGAAUUUCAAUGAAACCAAUUUUGUAGGUCAACUUUUGAACGUGAAAUGAUUGUACAGCAGAGAGAGACUGACAUUAACAAAUUUAGUUUUGACUAUAUACAGUGUAAUUAUGCAAACUGAAUGCAAAGUGUUAUUCAGCCUCUGCUGCUUGAUCCUCAAUAUACCAGUGUGUGAAUGCACAUAGUUCACUUUUAUACAGCAAUAAACCCAGCAAUAACCGCCCAUAUACUUUUUACGAUCUAAGUAAUUUAUCAGGUAAUUGUGUGUUUGUUUACCACUCAACUGUGAUGCUGUACGCUGCUUAUCUCAUGGGAUUGUGCAUGAGAAAUAUGCCCAUGUUGUGUUAUUAUAAUGGUGCCUUCCACUACAGUAAUAUACAAAAUGUGAAAAAGUAUUAUACAGCUUUGCCAGUAAUAUUUUUAACAUCUCCGUCCUCAUUGUACUGAAUGUCUUAUUUUUGUUAAUAUGUAAAGUUAUAUAUCUGGAUUAUGCAAAUUUUAAGAAUCAUUUUGAAUGUUAUGAAUGUGAGAUUAACUAAUAAAUCAGUUUUACAAGCUUA